UAACGAAUAGUAACGAUUUCUUACAGCUCUAGUGUCCAUGCUCUGUGCUGUCAUUUGAAACCAAGAAGGUUAGAACUGUUAGAAGUGACGGCAUUAUAAUUUUGUCUCUGAGUAAUUUUUAUACUCAAAAUAAGAUUGUUGCAGAGCAAUGAGUGAUAUUAAGAAAACUUCUUGUAGGCUUUGCCUUAAAUAUAUAACCGAUGAAAGUUUUGAAGUGAUAGACGACGUUAUUAGAGAUAUUCUAGAUGGUCUUUUGCUGAACUUGAAAAUUGAUAGCGGGAGCAAAGAGGUUAUAUGUAACGUUUGCAGAAGAAAAUUAAAUGCUGCGUCAGAAUUUAAAUCGACAUGUCUGAAUACCGAUAACACAAUUAUGCUUUAUGCGGAUAGCGAGAAAGCAUUACAGCUUGACUUAAGAGAAGUAUACAUGCAGGAAAAGAAAAGUGGAUUAGUUUGCAGUCAGAAAAUAUGUCGAUUGUGUCUGCACCCAGUAGAAAGGGAGUUUAGGUGCAUACGUGAAGAGGAACUUGAAGCUAUUGAGAAAUUGGCUCCUGAAAUGAUUAUAAGCAUCGUCAAAGAUCCCGUUGCAUGUAAGCCAUGCUUGGAUUCUCUGUGUACUCACAACAGUUUCCUUAAAGAUUGCUUAGAGGUAGAGGAACAAAUUAAUAAUACUUUUGAAUCUUCGGCCGCAAAACAUCCAAUAGAUACGUCCCCACUUGAUUUAUUCAUUAAGACUGAAAACUUGGACAAGGAAUUCAAUAUUAACGAGAUGAAAAUGUCAAUCAAAGCCGAAAGUAUCGACAUAAAAUCGGAAGAUGAAAGGAGCAACACGCCACUGCAGAGCUUUGAUAUCAUACCAUUACAAGAGAGUGUCUGUAAAGAUGAAGAAGAGGGUGGAUGUAAACGUGAGAAUGGAUCAGAAAUGAAAACCAAGCAGGAGCACAAAGUGUUGUACAAAUGUGAUAAAUGUAUUUACGAAACUGGAAGUAAGAUCCGUUUUACGGCACACUGUGCGGGACACGAGAACAAUUGGAAAACGUAUAAAUGUGAAUCGUGUGAGUAUGAAAUUCAAAAUAAGAAAUUAUUUGGGAAGCAUUUGUUGAAGCAUAAAGAAGGUUUGAAGGUUCAAAU